AUCGCGAAGAAUCGUAUUGCAUGAAGCAUUGACGAAGAAAGAAUAGAUGGAUGGAAUCGAAAAUUGGGUGCAUUGCCAGACUAACGUUCAAGAUGAGUAAACAGCUGUCGCUUGUGCGAGCAACCUAGCAUUGUAGCUUCCCUAGCUAUUGAGCGCUAAACCAGCUGGAUUGAACGACUUCGGGCGCACAUCAUGCAUCAAAUGUCACAGGAUGAACAUAACAUCAAAAAAGCACUUUGACGAGCAGUAUCCACCAUAUCUCUAAUGCAAACAACACUAAACCACCACUAAGUACCGUCAAGAUCAUUCAGGAUGGAACAUCAAAACGAGACCGCACAAGUCAAUCCCCAAGACGAAUCAUCGACUACCACGCCCCAACCCUUCAGAACCCUCACUUUCCUGCUGCUCACCCGACACUCAACCCGCUCCUUCCUCCCACACCCGUUCCCCACUAUGCGAAGCCCUAUCACUCGCCCAAAACACCCCCAGCAACUCCAAUCUGCAGUCUCAGCGCGUCAAAAAUCCUAUCGCCACUACCGCUCUGCGCUUGGUAAGCAAUUGUAUGGCCCGGAUGGGUAUGAUGUCGCAAGGGACCAAGAAGAGGGGAUGGAGAAGGCGCGGAUGAGAAAUUAUACAUUCUUCGAUGCGCCAGUUGGUAUGAUCAUCUGUAUGGAUAAGAGUUUGGCAGAAGGUGAUGUGAUGUGUGUAGGAAUGUAUGUGCAGACUUUGUAUUUGUUCUUGGCGGAGCGCGGGGUAGCGAGUUGUGUGCAAGUUAGUGUGGCUAGAUAUCCUGAAGUCAUCAAAGAGGUGUCGGGAAUUGGUGAGGAUAUGCUGAUCCUAAGCGGUGUGGCGGUUGGGUUUGAGGUUGCAGCGGCGAAGCUGAAUGAGUUGAGAAUAGGAAGAGAUGCGUGGAGGGAGUGUGACAAGUUCAUUGAGUAG